UCUCUCGCUGAAGCCAUUGCCAGACUUUUUUUGCUGAUUAAAUCCCAGCCCAGGUAGCUUAAAUAAAAAGUACUCAGGAUAAUCAAACAGGUUUUUUUUUCAUCUUGUACGUAUCUUGGUUUCAAAUUUUUAAUUCGCUUCGGUAUCUUGUUUAUUUAUGGUUUUCUAGGUUCAAAUCGAUUCAGUUUUGUGGCUUAAAUCGAGCUUGCAUGCUAGGGGUUUGAAGGCUUGCCAAUUUGGAACGAAAUUGCAUUUUAUUGGAAUCCCAUUUGGUGGUCUACGACUACGUAUUUUAGAGUUGGGUUCCACCCAUCGAAAGCAUGGCUUCUUCCUUCUCUGAUUGGGCAUGGCUUCCAAGAAACCUCCUCCUUUCCAUUCUAGAAAAAAUUGAUCAGUUCUCGGACUAUGUACGGUUUAGUGGCGUUUGUCGACAAUGGCGUCGCUAUGCCCUCGACCUGGUUACUGAUGAUUACAAGCAGAGGUUACGCAUCUUCAAAUCGUGUCAUAAUAAACUCCCUGUGUUGAUGAUGGACACAAACGAAAACAGUGAACCAGCAAAGCGACUUUUGUUUAGUCUUACCAGAGAAAUUACGUACUCAGUGGAUUUGCCAUUGCCUUGUACUAGGAGGUUUAUAGGAUCUGCCUUUGGAUGGUUAUUAGCUAUAGAAAGAAGCACCAUGGUCAUAACCCUCUUAAACCCCUUUACUGGUGGAGCCGUUUCUCUCCCGCCUUUGAAAGAUCCUUAUGGUCUCUAUGAAGGUUACAUCGAUGAUGAUGAUCCAGAGGACUUUAUUAGGAAGGCAAUUCUAUCAUCCGAUCCAUCUCUAAGCCCAAACAACUACGAGGUUGUGGUUAUCUAUGAUGGAAUGUGUCGAUUAGCUAUGUUCAAAUCUGGACAAGAGUCAUGGAAUUUUAUUGAUAGACGUGAUUACUCAUGCUCAUGUUUUGAUGUUAUUUAUCAUCACAAAGGUCAAAUUUAUGGCGUCGACAAAAUGAGUAACCUAGUGAAAAUUGACUUUGCUAGCGGUACAGAAAUAGCUUUAACCAAACAAGUAAAACCUUCGAUUGAUAUGGCUGACGCCGUUUAUCUCGUUCAAUCACAAGAGGGUGAUCUACUACAUGUACAAAGGUAUUGGGAGGGGCGUCCUGAUGGUGAUCAGACAGAGAAAACUUCAAGAAUUGCUGUUUUUAAGUUGCUACAACAUCCAACUGGGGAGGCAGAGGCAACAUGGGUUCCUAUUAGUCGCUUAGGGAACCAAGCCUUAUUUGUAGGCGACAAUCAUUCUCUAUCGGUUUCAACAUUAGAGUUUCCCGAGUGCCUACCUAACUGCAUAUACUACACGCAACACUUCCAUUGCGACUGUCCAGGUUAUGUGCCCAGGGGGAUCGAUGAGGACAUGGGUAUCUUCAAUGUGGAGGAAGAAAGCUUUCAAUCGUGUUGCAUACCAGAUCCUCAUCUUGGAAACAACGUUCUGCCUCUAAUCUGGUUUGUGCCAAAUAUGAGAGGAACAAUUUCUUCGUGUUUUCAAUCUACUUCUUGUAAUAGUAGUGGGUUGAUGCAGUCAGAAUUUGGAAAAAUUAAAAUUAUUUAAGUCUUGUGGUUUUACAUUAGUAUAUAAUGUGAGUCGAAGAGUCUUUAUCAUUUAU